AUGGAGAAAGGAAAUUACACUUUGGUAUCAGAGUUCAUCCUCCUGGGAUUCACAGACCACCCAGAGCUGCAGAUCCUCCUCUUUGUGGUGUUUCUCACAAUCUAUGUUGUCACCUUGAUGGGGAAUUUUGGCAUCAUCCUCAUAAUCCGGCUUGAAGUGCGACUCCACACUCCCAUGUACUUCUUCCUCAGUCACUUGUCCUUUAUUGACAUUUGUUAUUCUUCAUCCAUCACACCCAAAUUGCUCGUGGACAUCAUCUCUGAGGCCAAAGGAAUUUCUUUCUCUGCUUGUGCAGUACAGAUGUACCUCUUUGUUAAUUUAGUGGUGGCUGAAUCUUACCUUUUGGCUGUGAUGGCAUAUGAUCGCUACGUGGCCAUUUGUAAUCCCUUGCUGUACACAGUGGCCAUGUCUAGAAAGCUCUGCAAACAACUGGUAGCUGUUUCUUACAUGUGUGGAAUGGUUUGUGCCCUAGUUCACACUUGUUCUGCUUUUCGGCUAGUUUUCUGUGGGCCAAAUGUCAUCCAUCACUUCUAUUGUGACAUUUCCCCAGUGUUAGCCAUAUCCUGCUCUGACAACAGCAUCAAUAAGAUGUUACUUUUCAUUUUUGCUACCUUUGAGGAGACUAGCACCAUAGUGAUCAUUCUCAUGUCCUACAUUUUCAUUAUUAUAUCUGUAUCCAGGAUUCGCACCAAUGAAGGGAAAUACAAAGCCUUCUCCACUUGUGCCUCUCACUUCACAGCCAUCACUAUAUUCCAUGCUACCAUUCUCUUCAUAUAUUGCCAGCCAAAUGCUAGCCAUUCUUUGGAAAGAGACAGAAUUGCUUCUGUAUUCUACACAAUAGUGAUCCCCAUGUUGAAUCCCCUGAUUUACAGCCUGAGGAACAAGGAAGUGAAAGGUGCCUUCAAAAGGCUGAUGCGCCUCAGGUUGCAUGUGGAUCUAGGGUAG